AUUAUGUCUGUAUAAUUCCCUAUUUCUUAAACACAUUAUUUUUCAUUUUAAUUUCAGCUGGCUUCAUUUUUACUUCCCUCCACGCAUUCCCCAUUUACCCUCCCUAAUUUCCAAGCUUCCUUCCCUAGUAGACCCAAGAGUUUCCGCCUCUUUCCCAAAUCUCCAAAAUUUGUAAUUGAUUUUGCUAAAACUCAAAAAUCCAUUCGAACCCAGCUACAAGAUUCAUUUCCUUGACUCUAAUCAAUCAACGACAAAGGGUUUCUUGUAGCCGACCACAGCCCCACUUGCUCUCUCCUCUCCGUCAACCAUGGCUCUACCUAUUGAUGCUGCUUCUAUUUAUGCUGGACUUACUCCUCCUAAUGAAAUUGUUGUUGUUGUUCAUCUAGCAAGUUUCGCUACAUCUAGUGCUUCAAACUGUGAGAAAAGGCUGGUGGUUGUUGGCUCACCUAGAGUUGGAAAGUGGAAGCUCUUGGAUGAUGAAUCGAGUCCGCACAGGAUAAGUGUUGGUUUGUCUUCUCAACCAUUCUCUGUUGCAUGUUAUGACAUCUUUUACGAUCGGAUUCCCUUCUCCUCCAUCCUGGACUUGAUCAAAAUUUGUACGAUGGAGGUUUUGCUUAUUGAUGUACCCAAGAUGAAGGUAGAGCUUUCUCCAGAUAAAAUGAUUCUUAAGAUUAAGGAUGUCAUGAUAAUAUCUGACCAGUUGGAUUUGGUGAAGCAAGCUUACAUAUAUGUCCAAAAAAUGAGUCAGCAUCUGUUUCCAUUCCAUGUCAAGUUAUGCCUGGAAAUCUCAGUCGAAUUACGGCCCAUCUACCAAAACUUGACUAUAAGUUGCUACCUGGUUCCACAAUUAAGCAGCUUAAACUAGAGAUGUUUGAUAAAUAUGGAAAUCAUGUUUUACAAGGCUUCGAAGUUCAGAUCAAGGUGGAUGGAUUUUGUAUCCAAGGUCAAGUAGACUCAAAGCAUAAGGUCAGCUUCAUUUUUGCAUGUAGUAUUAAGUGGUUUGUGCUCUUUUGUUACACUUUAGGCGCUUUCACAGUAAACUUCGGAAAUUUCCUAUAUUACUGAAGAAUGAAUAAAAGGCCUAAGGGAAUGACUGUAUAAAUGAUAUUUAUGUGU